GUAGGAUUUGAUAGAUCUUAGAUCUGGAAUCUGGAAUCUGGAUAGUGGAUGCCGCGGCUAUAAAAAUAUAAAGGCGCAUGAUAAUAUUUUAUAUUUUUAUCUCUCUUCCCGUCAACCACGAGAUAGUAUCUAUUCUGGAAUCUCGAUUAUUAUUGAUAACCGAAAAACGUAAUUCGUAAAUACGUAAUAUUAAUUGUAUAAUAGAUUAUAAAUUAUAAUUAAUAUUUUAAUUUAUAAUAUUAUCUACUAUUUUUUUAUACAAACGAGCUGCCCUCAACUUACAAGUUGAUCACGUUCCAUGUUUGGGAGUAGGCGAUCGUCAAUCGUCAUCAAUAAAUUUCAUACCUAUUGACGAUACUAAUGCGUUUUUCUCACGUAUAAAUUGAUUGGGAAAAUCAAAGCGGCCAGAGGGUCCUUUCAGGAUUCCGGUGGGUUUUAUAUUUCAUACGAAUAACUGUCGUUGGUUCGGUUUCUAUCGGACAUCAGACCAAUCACGGAGAAAAUAAAUACAAUUUAUUAUGUGGUAAUCUGAUUCUUCCAAAUGUCAUCUUUCCGGGCUCGAAAAAGUGGCAUUCACACUUUGAAUAGUUCUAUAAGCUCACCUUCCAUUUUAAAAAAAUGUGGGCAGCAAUCAUUAAAUAAUGUGCCUGGUCGAAAAGUGUGUUUUGAUUUAUUCAAUAAUUUGAAAUUAUUACUCAUCAAUUAUGACAGCAGUAAUAAAGAUGAUCAAAUAGAGUAUAACAAUCUAAUUUGUGACAUUAGAGAUUUGGCUACAGAAAUUAAUGAUAAUGAACUCAUCAAGUUAUUGAAAGAUGCCAGAAAUUGUGUGAAUAUUCUAAAUGAAAAUCUUACACUUUUUGUAAAAGUUAUAUUGAUUUUAAAAUGGAUGAACAGAAGUGAUGAUGUAGUCAAGGAAUAUCAAUUAUUUUUACUCAAUGUUUGUACUGCAUACAGCUAUCAUACACAAUUCGCAAUAGAACAACUCGUGGCAUGUUUUUCUCAUGUGGACAGUACUGUUUAUGAUCGUGUCAAUGGUAUGCCAUCUCAAGAAGAAGAAAGAGGAUUUAAAAAUGUCCAUGUGACUCUUGAAGCUCUCUUGAAAGUCAUUCCACUAGCGAAAGAUUUAUUAAUAUCAGCUCUUAAAAAAAAGUUCCCAUACAAGACAAAUAUUUCUUACUCCCAUCUUCAUUACAUACACAAUUUACUUUACAUUUCUGAGUAUGAACCAUCCUUAAGAAAAAAUAUUCUCUGUCUCAUUAUAAACAAAUUAGUAGAAAUUGAUGUUCAUAUACCCAAAGACGCACUAGACCGAUUGGAAUCAAAUAUUAAUAAUGAAAUUGAAGACAUAUUUCCAAUGGAUGUAGAUGAUGGGGGCUGCAUGAAAGUUUGUCCUAAUAAAAUUGAAGAGGAAAAUUUUUCAGAUACAUUGGAUAUUUGUCUCAAAAGAUUAUUUAAUUAUAUGAAAACUACUUGUCAUAGUUCUGAUGGUAUUUUAUUAUGGGACAAUACUAAAUCAUUAUAUCAUGAUUUGUUAUCAAUAUUUGAAAGUGAAAUUCUUCCAACAUACAACAGUAGUCAUAUUCAAUAUGUAAUUUACUAUUUUCUUAGUUUUAAAACUACUCUAGCAGAAAAUUUUAGUAAUUGGUUGUUAAAAAAAUGUUGUGAUGUAUCAUCUUCAUCUACUCUGCGACAAGCAGCAGCUGGUUAUUUAGCUAGUUUUCUUUGCAGGGCACCAUUUAUUACAAAUAACAUGCUGAAGAAUACUCUUUUUGAAAUGUCUGUGUGGUGUAAUAAAUAUAUUAAUAGUGUAGAUAAAUCUGUUAAAGUAGUAGAUGAAGAGUUAUUAAGAUGGCAUUCUGUAUUUUAUUCAAUGUGUCAAGCAUUAUUUUAUAUAAUUUCUUUCAGACAUCAAGAUCUAAUGGAUAAUAAACGAAAUCUUAGAUUUAUGGAAAAUUUAAAUUUGUCUAAUAUAGUUACAUGUAGAUUAAGUCCACUGCGUCUAUGUUGUUCAAAAGUAGUCGAUCGUUUUGCACUUAUUACAAAAACAUAUCAAUUGACUUAUUGCUAUGUGGUAAUGGAUGGUCACAUAAGAGUCACUGAUCAAUCGAUCAAGGAUGAAUGGUUAUACUCUUACUUUCCAUUUGAUCCAUAUGUUCUUCCUCGAUCAAAGAAUAUGAUUAUACCAGAUUUAUACAGAGACAUCGAUAGUAUAAAAAGUUCUAAAGGAGGAGAUAUGUAUAUCGACAAAAUCCCUUCAUCGCUUCCAGAUAACAUGGAUAUUAGUCCGAGUAUGGUAUUAUCUCCUUCACCUGCCAAAACGGAUUGGUUAGGACAGUUUGCUUAUGGAAAUAACACACAUACAUUGUUUUGAUGAUAUAUACUAUUGUUCAAAAGAAUAAUUUAUUUUGUUAUUAUCUCAGUAAUAUAAUAUAUGUAAUAUGUAUAUUAUUUUUUUUAUGUAUGUGUCAAAAGUACAUAGUGCCUUUAUAAGGAAA